AAGAGCAUUCCAGUGAGAAAAAGGGAGAAAAAAAGGGAUACAAGGAUCUUUGAAAGUUAUGGAGGAAGAGCUAAAGAGCUUUGUUAAGGUAUGGGUUUUAGCCAUUGCAUUUCUAUGCUACUCUUACUACAUUGCAGCAAAGAUCCCAAAAGGCUUUCUAAGGCUCCUCUCCCUCCUCCCUGUUAUUUCUCUCUUCCUUUUCCUCCCCAUGAAUCUUUCCUCUUAUAGUUAUAUCCUCGCAACAUCCCUCUUCCUUUCUUGGUAUGCCAACUUUAAGCUCCUUUUGCUGUCCUUCGAUCAUGGCCCUCUAUCCCCACCCCCGCCACAACUUCUUCAUUUCAUCUGUAUAGCUUCUCUUCCCAUUAAGAUAAAAAGGUAUCCAUCCCAAGAUAAAUCACAAACUUCAUUUCUUGGAACAAUUAUAUUGGCCAUGAAAGUUGCAAUUACAAUUAUGCUUUUUGAGGCUUACAAUUAUGGAAAACAUUUGAAUCCAAAUAUUGUUCUUGCCCUUUUUCCCAUCCACUUUCUCUUUGAAACGGAGUGCUUGUAUGCAGUGUUUCAAAUCCCUCCAAAAUUCCUUUUUGGGUUUGAACUAGAGCCUCAAUUCAAUGAACCCUUACUUGCCAAUUCCUUGCAAGAUUUUUGGGGCCGGAGGUGGAAUCUUAUGAGCUCCGAUUUACUCCGUCACCUUAUAUAUAAUCCUGUACGUCGUAUUUCUAAGCGUAUUAUUGGAGAUAGGUGGAAAUCUCUACCAGCAAUUUUAGGCACAUUCUUCGUAUCUGGUUUAAUGCACGAAGUGCUUUACUAUCACCUAACUCACUUGCCUCCGACGUGGGAGGCGACUUGUUUCUUUGUUAUGCAUGGCAUUUGGGUGGAUGUUGAGAUAGUUAUGAAGAAGAAGAAGGUGAUAUUGAUAGGGAGAAAACGGCAGUUUCUGAUCAAUGUAAUCUCGAGGCUAUUGGUGCUGGGAUUUCUGCUGGUGACUUCUAUAUGGAUCUUGUUUGCACCAUGGUUGAGAAAUGGUAUUUAUGAGAAGGUCUACAUAGAAUACUCCCCGGCCAUAAACUUUGCAAAGGGAGUGCUACAUAUACAUUGAUGUUCUAUAUGUAAAAAUAGCUCUGCAAUUAUUAAGAAUUUAUUGUUUCAAUAAGUAAAAAGUUUUUAAUUUAAAUUUAAAUAAAUUAAGAAAAAUGAUGAUGUAUCCUCAAUUAAUUUUGCUUUUAAUA